AUGGCAAACUCAUUGGAGCAGCUCAUUCAAAAUGAAGUAGCGACCUUGAAAUGCUCGCUAUGCCUCAACAUCGUAUCAGUACCACCAGUAGACCUGCUUUCCAAAGACGGCACAGAACUACGAUGCGGCAGAUGCAAAAACGUACCCAGAAUCACGUUGGGCAGAAAUUACGCUUUCGAGAAGAUCGCCAAAGUAUUAUCAUUCCCUUGCAUCUACGAUGGCUGCAACGAAAUGGUACCUUGGAGUGAAGUGCAAGACCACGAAGACGAUUGCAACGAGAGGACAGUCAUGUGCCCGAUCGACCCUCAAACCUGCUUCGCCAUCAAAGUGAAGAACUUGGAGAAACAUUGCUUGAACAAGCACAUGUGCAAUAUUUUCUAUGAUUCCUUCACCAUUGAAUGCAACACGUCCCAACAUAUCAUUGCUGUUCUGAUGUUCAGGAACCAAAUAUUCUUCAUAAUGAUCGGGGGAGAUCCAAAAUUCGAUGUAUACGUUGCUUCAUUGAACAACGUCAGUACUACCUUCACUUAUGAUAUCAGAUUGGCUAGCAUCGUCAAUGAUGCUUGUUUGACCUUUGACGAGCAGACGAUCAUGAAAUAUGAUGAAAGGAAGCACUGCUUUAACUGCAUUUUGAAAAAGUGCACUCUGAUUCACCAUCCGUACUCAAAAAAGAACGGGAAGGCACCGAAGGAUGUAUGGAACAGAAGAAUCAAUCUAGAGACCAUAGAUACUCUUUUCGAGAAUGUGGACACAGUGAAAUUCAGGAUUGACAUCGUCGCAAAUGAAGAGUCUGACGCGGAACCAGUAGAAGUUGUUCCAUCCGAUCAAACCAAUCAGCUGCGAGCCAGUUUGCAGUGCCCCAUUUGCAUGGAAUACAUGAUCGGCUACAUUUACAACUGCGAACAUGGUCACGUGGUAUGCUUUACUUGUAAAGGGAAAUUGGAGUCGUGUCCUGCAUGUCGAACGAAACUUGGUAGAUCCAGAUGUUUGCCACUGGAGAAUUUGGCUGAGGUUUUGGUCCUGGAUUGUGUGUUUGCUGAGAGGGGCUGUACCUUCUCUGGACAAGUUAAAAUGCUUUUUCAACACGAGAGGGAAUGUCAUUACAAUGUAAAGAGGAUGAGGCUUUGA